AUAAGCACUUUCGUUUCAGCGAUCAACAGCUGACACUGAUCAUAUGAUCUCUCAGUUCCUCAACUCGGCGCAGGGAGAAUGCGGCAUGGUUGCUCUCUCGAAAACAUCUGUUCAAAUCGAUGUUUUGUAUUUCAGCUGAGAAAUGUCGCGCAAUAUAUACGACAACAACAACACACCACCCCCAACGCCUGCUGCGGCGCCAUGGCGAAUGAAAUUCGACUAGAAACGAAAACAAAUGGAAACACAGAAAUAGAAACAAAAACAUUUAAUGAAAUACAAGAAUUAGUUGAAGAAGCAUAUAAACAAGCAGUGGCUUUUAGUGUCCAAGUGUAGACGAUCGCAUGUGGAACCACCAGUGAAAGUGAAUUGAGCACACAGUAAUUGUACGCUGGCACAAAGUAUAUUCUAUUCAUUGCUUAAAGACACUGCAAAUAGAACAAUUAUGAAAUCCGCCGCGAGCUUCGUGCUACUUUUGCUUUGCUUGUGCAUCUGCCUUAUCGGCGGGCCGGAGCAAACGGACGCCGAGCCACUGUUUGGUGGCCCCGGUGCUGCUUGGCCAAUUCUGCGUUUAGUCGAGGAGGUGCCACGGGACUCGCUCACACCACAUAGGCGUGUGAAGCGUGUCAAGCGAGCUGGCUUUGAUCGCACUAUCGACCCGGGAUAUGAAUACCAAAACGACACCGAGCGCGGUAAGGAACGCUUUCCUGUGUGGGACGAUGCGAAGGGAGAGCCACUAGUGAAUUCAUAAGUGUGCUUAAUAGUUGUAGGAAAGUAGUUGAGAGUUCAAGAUAGCGUAGGAAUCAUAUGUAUGUAUAUACCCUUAUCACAGAAUAUAGCUGUAUGAUAUGUUGGUCGAGGUAAAGUCCUAUAGAUGUAUAAAAUUAAGAAUCGUAUAUCGAAAGAUACACAUAGUGGUUAGUCCUCUUUAUGUCGACUUAAACAGUAUAACAUAGACAAUAGAUAUUACUAAUCAUUUAAUUUAUUGCAUUUUUUCCACUGAAAAUGAGCGACCGUUACCGCUUAAAGUUAUUUAAAUAUAUACUCAUAAACUUA